AAAUUUUCAAUAAAUAAAACGUUGGAAUGGCAGAAUUCGAGCUCUAUGACGAUAGGCGAGCGGUUGUGCACGGCGGUCAUACCAUUUGUCGCCUUAAUCGAAGUUCUGAUAUCUGCCGCAAGUGGUUGUUUCGACAGCUGUUCACCGAGAAAGUUUCGCUUUGGAACCCCUGACAUUGCUCAACUCGCCAAGGGUACUCCAUUUACGAUUAACGAAGUGGAAGCACUGUAUGAGUUGUUCAAGAAGCUGAGUAGUUCCAUCAUUAACGAUGGCUUAAUACACAAGGAAGAGCUCCAACUGGCAUUAUUCAAGACUCCAUCUGGAGAGAAUCUUUUUUUAGAUAGGGUUUUUGAUGUUUUUGAUGAAAAGAGAAAUGGUGUUAUUGAUUUUGAUGAGUUUAUCCAUGCACUCAGUGUCUUCCAUCCUUAUGCUCCUUUGGAGGACAAAAUUGAUUUUGCAUUCAAGCUUUAUGAUCUGAGACAAACAGGGUAUAUUGAACGAGAAGAAGUUAUGCAGAUGGUAAUUGCUAUUUUGUCGGAGUCUGAAGUGCACCUGCCAGAUGAACUUCUAGAAUCAAUCAUUGAUAAGACUUUUGCAGAUGCUGAUGCUGACAUGGAUGGUAAAAUCAACAAAGAAGAAUGGAAAGCUUUUGUUAUUCGAAAUCCCAACCUUUUGAAGAACAUGACUCUUCCAUAUUUGAGGUAA